AGCUUUUAUGACCUGGAAGUGUGGUAACUCUGUAUGGCUGUGGUCUCCAUAGCUGCCCAUCCUGGUCUCAUCUGUGGUCAGUCUCUACUUCCUGGAGUGGACCGAUGUGUUUAAGCCGGUGAAUUCUGGAUAUAACUGCCACGACCGCAGCCUGAGCCUGCCCUACAUCGACCCCAACCACGAGGUCAUCCCACUGCUGAUGCUGCUUAGCCUGGCCUUCGCUGGACCAGCCAUCACUAUCAUGAUUGGAGAGGCCAUCUUGUUCUGCUGCCUCUCUCGGAGGAAGACUGGCGGUGGAACAGAGGCUAGCAUCAACGCAGCUGGCUGCAAUUUCAACUCUUUCAUUCGCCGAGCCAUCCGCUUUGUUGGAGUUCAUGCGUUUGGCCUGUGUGCGACCGCCCUUAUUACCGACAUCCUGCAAUUAAUGACUGGCAAUCCAACACCCUACUUCCUCACUGUGUGCAAACCCAACUACACCACACUGAACGUCAGCUGUGAUAAGAAUCCCUAUGUGAUAGAGGAUAUCUGCUCAGGAGCAGACUCUGCAGCCAUAAACCAGGGGAGGUGAGGAGGAAAAGCAUUCAUCUCUUUCACUUACCUCUAGAACUAAGAACUUCCCAGUGACAAAAGUAAUCAAUAAUACAAUGUAAUGAAAGAGUAUGUAUUUUGUUCCUUUGCAAUAGUUUUAAAAAAUGUGUUAAGUAAGAACUGAUCAACCGAAGUGUUUGAACAGUUUGAAUACAUCAGCCUCACACAGUUAACCGGCAAUUUAGAAUUUUUAUUAAACGCAUGAAAUAAAUGUUUAAACUGUUACAGAAGAGAAUCUGGACCAAGGAGCCCUCAGAGGUCUUGAGGGCCAAUGUGCUGCAACUUUUGAAUAUGUCUCUGCUUCAACACACCUGAGUCAAUCCAUGAGUUCAUCAACAAGUCCCUGAAGAACUUCACUGUAGACUGAGCAGGUCAUAAACAUCUGAUUCAGGUGUGUUGGACCAGGGAGACAUAGAAGUAACAGGACAUCAGCCCUCCAGGCCUGGUCGUAAGCAUAUUGACAGUUAUUACUGUUAAACUCACAGUCUCUGUUUUUGUUUUUUUUUGUUUUUGUUUUUUUUAAGUUGCUCUGAGCAACAAUUAGCAGAGUAGAUUAAAGUGAAAAGCUGGAGAUAUUGGAUGAGAAACUAGUGUAAAUACAUGCAGAAACACACCUACCUACGUCAAUUAGAGAAUACACAGCUGUUCUUAUGCUGCAUCCUGCAGCUUAUGAAGACGUUUGUGCUUUGAUAC